GCGCCGGCCGCGGCGGAGUCGCCGGUGUGGGGUUUCUGCCUACGCGCCUGGCUGCAGGCUGGGGAGCUGCCCCCCAGCGCUCGCGGCGGCGCCGCGGCCGCGGCGCGGCCGGGCUUCACGAAGCUCCGGUGCGCGGCGGUGAUGGAGCGAGCCCUGGAGCGGGACGGCAUCCUGGAGGGCCAGGGCUCAGGAGGCGGCGCUGGCGGGGCGGAGGGCGCCGCGGCGCCGCUGCGGCCCUCGCGCUCGCAGCUGGCAUCGCUCGCCGGCCUGGUGAAGCGUGGCGAGUGGCCGCUGGCGGUCGAGUCCGGCGGCAGUUUCGAGGUCCUGGCCGCCUCCGUGAACCUGCGCCUGGCGCGCGUGCUCGCGCUGCUCGCGGCGGCCCCGGGGGGGAG